CAUUAGAGUUUAGAAGGACUUUUACAAGAAGCCGAUUCUCCUUUUACAAAUCUUUUAUUUCAAUUGUUUCAACUUCUCAGUUCUUUAUUAAAGCUCUUAAGCUUAUUUACAACUCACAACUCUUGAAUUUGCCCUCUCCUGCAAUGAAAACUGAAGCAGGCUCAAGUGUAAAAGCGUUUAUUCAGUGUCUCAAAAAUGGAGCUUUUUCAUGGGUUUCAGCUUCUGGGUUUCACAUAUCAGUGGCCGGCCUUCUGGGAGCUGCUGGGUUUGUUUUUGCUUUAAAAAAAGAUGGUAAAUUUGGAAACUUUAGUGGCUUUCCAUGGUUGACUGAGAGAGAUACCAGUUUGGAGAAGAGGGUGUACUUAGCACCUGGCUUGCAAAAUGUUGGAAAUAACUGUUUCUUGAAUGUUAUUUUGCAGGCUCUGGCUAGCUGUACAUACUUUAAACCUUUUCUUCAAAAGGUUAUGGAGGAAUGUGAGGAACACGAUGAAAACAUGCCGCUUACGGUUGCUUUGGCUGCUUUGUUAGAAGAAUUAUGUUUAGUUGCUGAAGGAAGAGUUGUAUUAAGUCCACGGGAAGUGAUGCUUGCAUUGGAACUGUACGUUCAAAACUUCAAUCUAACAAGCCAGCAGGAUGCAGCGGAAGCAUUUCUUCACCUUUUGUCUUCUUUAAGGGAAGAAUUUUCAGAUUGCUACAGUCCAAAUCAAAGUUCUCUGGUGGAUGCUGUUGCCACUCAAAAUUUUAGGAUUCUUUCCCCAAAGAAGUCGGAGGACCAGAGUGAGCAGGAAAGAUGGCAGAAGCACUUCUUUGGACCAUUUGAUGGGAUUCUUACUAGCAUUUUAACUUGUCAAAGUUGUUCAUCUCAGAUUUCAUUGGACUAUCAAUUUUUUCAUAGUUUACCUCUUUCACCUGUGCUACAUAGUGGUUCCUCUAUUAUGUUUGGAUGUACGUUGGAGGAUUGCCUGAAGCAGUUUGUCAUUGCUGAACAAGUUGAGAAUUACCGCUGCAACCACUGCUGGCACAUUGCUGGCAUAAAGUACUUAUCUGCAAUGGGAGCAACUGAGAUGGAAAUUGAAAGACUUAGGACAUGUAGUGCUCAAGAUUCUUGUGACUGUCGGAAUCUUAUUCAUCUUCAAUCACUGCCAUGGUCAAAUAACUUCUCCCACACUCUCAAACAACUAACUAUUUCUCGUUGUCCCCAGAUUCUAUGCAUUCAACUGCAACGUGCUACUAUGAAUAUGUUUGGAGAACUAGUCAAACUUUGGGGCCAUAUUCGGUUUCCAUUGAUUUUGGACCUCAUGCCAUUCAUGAAAAGUGGGGUAGGAAUCAAGGACUUGGAAGAAAGUCGGCUAAAAGGACAAACAACAUUGCAACAUCAAAAACUAAGCUCUUGUACCAACCCUAUUAAUAUGCAAUACGAUACAAAAAUGCUAAAUUCCAUUUACGGACUUGUGGGAGAAAAUAUAUAUGUUAAAGUAUCAGCUGAAGCUGAACUUGGAGGCAAUGCACAUGUAAAAGCAUUUCAGGGAGAAUCUGAAUUGCCCCAGACUGAAGGCUGUUCUAAUACCAUAAGCAAAAACAUGCACGUGCAAUCUGAUGAUAAGGUGAAUGAGUUUCCCCCGUCAUGCCCUCCAGAAGCUUAUUUUUAUCGUCUUUCUUCUGUGGUAGAACACUUUGGAAGAGUUGGAAGUGGGCACUAUACUGUUUACAGAAGUGUUAGAGCUGACUCCUGCAUAGAAGAUCCUGAUAAACAUUUUGAGACUCCGUCUUCGCACUGGUUUUGUAUUUCAGAUUCCGAGGUUCAUAGUGUUUCAGAAAAAGACGUUCUCACUGCUGAGGCUAGCCUGCUGUUCUAUGAGAGAAUCAUAGAAAGCUGACAAUGUGUCCACUACUGUUAUUUUUGUUUCAGAAAUACAAUAUAAUCCUGGCCAAAGCUGCUACCCGGUUGCAACUCCAUUAAAACAAUCAAGGGAUCUGGUACCUUGAAACUUAAAACAAGCGCCGCCAAGGAGUUUUCACUUCCAGCAGCUCGAAUCAUUGUAUAUGAAUCUGAAAGGUCGGUCGACUAUGCUUGUGAAAGAAAGAAAAAACUUAUACAUCCAUUAGAAUACUUAGAAUUGAAAUCCUGAUGGAGUGGUUAUGCCUUGAAAACAGAAUAGGUAGAAAGAGUUUUUGUCAAAUAGGUUUACUUGGAUCAUCUCUUUGUAACUUGCAAUCAAAUUGAAUUUGUAUUUUUCCAAUUUGCGUUGAAAAUUUGCUUGUAUCUGUCUUGAAAUAACCAACAUGAUUGGUGAUUUGAAAAAUCAAUAUAUAUUC